AUGUCUUUUCCCUCUACUAACGCCAAUGGGCAAUCUUCAAUCCGAAAUUUCUUCCAGCCCAAGACGCCAUCAUACGUUCAGCCCCCCGCCGUCUCCCGGACACAGGCAGCACCUCUUGUUCCUCCACCGCCGCCGUCGGUAGCCGCCGCCCCUUCUCCAACAAUUGAACAGAAUGGCCCGAGAUCACCGCUGUCGCCAGUCCCCACGACCGCACUAUCAACAAGACCGCCGUCCCUUCAUCCCCAAGCGACUAUCUCACCAAUUCUACCCGAACACGUUCCUGCUCUACGACGCAUAACCUCUCUCCUCCUACCUGUCAACUACCCCGAUUCCUUUUACGCACGUCUCUCCGACCCGCUCUCCUCCGGCGCAUUUAGCCGUGUGGUUCUCUGGUCUGACCCGUCCGACUCCAAUGGCAGUCCUAAAGUCGUUGGGGGUCUAGUCUGCCGGCCCGAGCCGUCCCCGUUUACGUCCUCGUCCUCGAGGAAGCCAUCAUCGCAACCUAUCACACCUUCCUCCCAACCCAACGCGCUAUAUAUCCAAUCUUUAGUCCUACUCUCGCCGUACCGGCAGCAGGGGCUCGCUGCGGCGCUGCUAGACGAUGUGGUGCGGGCCGCAGUCACGAGCCCUUUCGCCUGUGAGGAGGUGUAUGCGCACGUGUGGACUGAUAACGAGGACGGAUUGCGCUGGUACCUUGCGCGCGGCUUUACCAAGCACGGCCAAGUGAACGGUUAUUACUUCAAGCUACGACCCGACAGCGCCUGGAUCGUGAGGCGUAAUAUUGGCCCCGUUACCUCAGCUCUAGGAUUGAACGGUGCAGCGGCAUCAAGUAGCACGGGAAUGGGAACAACGAUUCCGCCGAGUACCACGGCCGCAGCGGCCAAUCUUCUAAGCCAGCAGGCUCCGACGCCGCCAGCUAUAGUAGCUACUUCGGGGACGGGUACACUCUCAGCGCCGCCUAGGAGCAACGGACCCUCGCCAAACCGCGGUCCCGGUGCCGGAGGAUUGUCAUUUCAGAACGCGCGGCCAGAGAUGGAGUGGAACGACUUACCAGCAGACAUGCACGGCUCGCGCGCUGCAGUCAGCGGCCCAGCCAGUAACGCAAGUUCGCGGAGUAGCUCUACAGCACCACGAAAGAAGAAGGACCGCGCAUACCCAGCUGCUGCCUUCGGCAAGUAG